GAAUCUUGAUGAAUGUGAGAAGGUUUGCAAGAAGAACUGUUCUUGUAGUGCUUACGCUACUCAGAAUAUAAGUGGAAGUGGAAGUGGAUGCUUGUUAUGGUUUGGGGAGCUUAUCGAUAACAGAGUAUAUACAGAAAAUGGACAGGAUAUCUAUAUAAGAAUGCCAAAAUCGGAAUUAGGAGAAAUAAAUGGUAAAAGCUCGAGUGUUAAGAGAAGGGUAGAGAUCUCUGUCCUUGUAAUAUCGAUAUUGUUAUUGAUCAUACUAGUUUCUGUUUGUGUUUUUUAUGGCUUGAAGAGGAGGAAGAAGCCAAUUCAAGAGCUACAAGAAAAAGACCGAGGACAUGAUUCUGACAACAAUGAAAACUCACAAGAUGAUCUAGAGUUGCCAUUGAUCGACUUUUCUAUAUUAGAUAAAGCCACUGACAAUUUUCCGGAUAACAAUAAACUUGGAGAGGGUGGUUAUGGACCUGUUUAUAAGGGCGUGUUGGAAGGUGGACAAAAAGGAGCAGAUAAAAUGUUGGUCUAUGAAUACAUGUCAAACAAGGGCCUCGACUCCUUUAUAUUUGAUGGAACUAAAAGCAAAAAACUAGAUUGGGCUACUCGUUUUGAGAUCAUCAAAGGGAUUGCAAGGGGACUUGUUUAUCGUCAUCAAGAUUCAAGAUUAAGAAUCAUCCAUAGAGAUCUUAAAGUCAGCAACAUUUUAUUUGAUCAUGAAAUGAUCCCUAAAAUAUCAUAUUUUGGAAUGGCAAGAAGCUUUGGAGGAAAUGAAAUUCAAGCAAACACAAACAGAGUCGUUGGAACAUAUGGAUAUAUGGCACCAGAAUAUGCAGGAGAUGGAAUCUUUUCGAUCAAAUCAGAUGUAUUUAGCUUCGGUGUUGUAAUGCUGGAGAUUGUGAGCGGGAAGAAAAUAGAGGAUUCUUUCAUACAGAAUACACCCACAAUCUUAUCGGUCAUGCAUGGGGAUUACAUAACGAAGGGAAAUCUUUGGAACUGGUUGAAGAAUAGACCUGAAGACAGACCAACAAUGGCGACUGUGGUUCUAAUGUUGGGGAGUACUGAGGGUGAAUUGCCUCAACCUAAGUUGCCAGGUUUCUUUUAUGAAAAGGAUUCAAUAGAUACUAGUUAUUCCACGAGUACAUAUGGAAAAGAUUCGACCAAUGAGCUUACCAUUUCGAUUUUGAAUGCUAGAUAG